CGAAUGAGAUAGUACGACAGAAGUAGGUGGGCGGGGAUGACGGUACCCUAGCAGGAAGUGGUGAACAACAUUUAUUUAACACUCUUAAAUCACGGAGGUCAUCGAAGCCUUGCUGACAAACUGCAAUGAUGAAAACUCAUGAAGAUUUUCAGCCUCAGUUCACAUCUGUUAUGGAAAACCUUUUGCAUUCAGCUGUUUCUGAAAUGACUAAACUCUUCGAGAAUGCAGUGCAAGAAAUGAAAGCAGAGUCGUUUCGGAUGAAAAAACAGAACGAUAAUUUAAAAGAUGACCGUUGUUUAGACGACAAUCAUAUCCCUCAAUGUAAAGGAAAUCCAUUCAAACGGGAUAUCGGCAUACAGUGUGGUGCAGUAACACCUACACUGGCAGAACGGUCCAGCAGUCCUUCCCAAUAUGGAGAAUACGUCAAAGACAUAUUUUCAAGUUUGCCUCAAGGCCUUUUGCAGGAUGGAAACCAACAGAUUGCGUUGCUUCUUAUCAAGCAAGAGGACUACACACCUAAGUGUCUCUUCCCAAAGCUGGUGGGGGACCAGCCUAAGCCCUUUCUGGUGCAGCAGAUUCAGGUACCAGUUAUGUCUCAACAAGCUGAUCCGAGUCCAUCAGAUAAAACCACAGCCCCGUUCACCCAUAAUCCCUCUCCCUCCCCACCUCAAUCUCUACAAGAACCUGCUCCAUCAGCAUCUGUUGAGACAUCACAAAUACAAGGAUUUAAUCCUUUAGACAGUCUCCAUGCCUCUCUCGACCUGAUGCCUGAUAUACAGGAGGAAAAGCCUGUCAUGCUGCUGCAACCACCCACACCCAUCUCAACAGAUGCAGCCGAUGGAAGCAUGUCUGCAACGCCAAACGAGGCUGCCACCCCAAAAACAGAGCAAGUUGACUGUGAAAUAGAUCAGCAAAGCUUGAGAUCACAUCCAGUUACUCACCAUGACCAGCCUAGAAGGACAAGCCCCAGGAAGUCAAAGUCAAAAUACUGUUGUGUAGAGGCUCUGGAAACAGCCCAACCCCAGGCAAAAAAUCUCUUGCAGGAAAAUGAUGAUGACGAUGCCACAGCCCAGAAGCGGCAAGUAGUGGUCACUUUAACCCACUGUGAUACCUCUCCGAAGACUAGCAAGACGAUAGCCCAGAGGAGAUUACGUCACCCAGGCGAUGGCUGCGUUGGUAGGAACCAGUGCGAGGUGUGUAUGCGCACACUGUGCAGCGCAUCAUCCUUGCAGAACCACCGCAUGCUGCACACAGGUGAGAGGCCAUACGCCUGCGACCGUUGCGACAAGUCCUUCCCCAGCGUGCGUGGCCUCAACCGGCACGCACAGGUCCACUCUGCCGGCAGGCCUCACCAGUGUGCCCAGUGCGGCAAGACCUAUGUCUACCAAUUCAACCUCACAGCGCACCAGCUCAUCCACAGCAGCAGGAAGCCGCACAGCUGUGACGUCUGCAGCAAGCGAUUCAUGACCAAGCCUGAGCUGGCCUCGCACUCGCGGGUGCACACCAACGAAAAGCCGUAUGGGUGCACACUGUGCGGGAAAAAGUUCCGGCACCUCAUGACAUACAACACGCACAUGCGGGGACACCACAGAGACAUGCGUUACAAAUGCACGACCUGCGGCAAAGGCUUUGUGGACCCCAGUAACUUGAAGUCGCACCUGCGCAUACACACUGGGGAGAAGCCAUACGACUGUAAGGUGUGUGGGAAGAGGUUCACACAGACAGGGCAUCUCAAGAAACAUGUUAUGACACAACACUAGGUAUUUAUCACAGUUUAAAGUCAUGGCACAAAAGAUAAUUCUGGAAUAAAUCAGUGAUGUAAAUUUGGUAGGCCAAUGCCACGCAACAAGAAAAGGAGAAUCAUUAUGAUUUGCCUGUGUGUUGUUCAUUAGGGGUUCUCAAACUUACUCCUGGACUCAGAUGUUGGGAGGUUCACACAUGAUCUUUUCAUGAGCCGCCUACUCACAAGG